UCUCAUAGGAGCUCACCAAUCUUGGCAUAGCUGGCAAUCACACCCUGCAGUGUGGGAGCUCAGGUCAGAGAAGGGUUCAAAUGCUCCUCUCCAAAAGAUGCCACGAACACCAAAGUUUAGAGAGAGCAGUGUUGGUGUUGUUGAAACCUGAUAACAAAUACCCAAGAUGUGGGUAAUUCUUUCCUUUGAAGGCCUACAAAGCAGCCCUCUAUGUCCUGUACUAGUGUUUAUGACCGCAGUCUACUGGGGAGGUUGCUCCAAAAAUAGUGUCACUGCUUUGUGGAAUUUUUUCUAGAAGUUCUAGAAAGGCUCAGUAAAUGUGGACUGCUGUGUGACUGAGUGCUGUGCUGCUGAGCUCUUAACAUGAAGCGUCAGCAGUGACCCUAGCAGCUGGCUGACGUGCGUGGGAACAGUGGGAGUGACCCUGACUGGGAAGCAGGGAGCCUGGAUAUUGUUUCUCCUGUCUCUGUGUCCUGCCGCUCUUGUCCUUGCACUCUGAGCUCUCAAGCACCCACAAUGGCCUUUCCAGGCCGAGCACGCCCGUGUGCUAUUCCGGAGAAUGAAGAAAUCCCCCAGACAGUCCUUAACAGUGUUCACGAGGCUAAUGGGAAUGAAGAUGAGAGGGCUGUGUCCAAACUGCAGCGCAGGCACAGUGAUGUCAAAGUCUACAAGGAGUUUUGUGACUUUUAUUCAAAAUUCAACAUGGCCAAUGCCCUGGCCAGUGCCACUUGUGAGCGCUGCAAGGGGGGCUUUGCACCCGCCGAGAAGAUUGUGAACAGUAACGGUGAGCUGUACCAUGAACAGUGUUUUGUGUGUGCUCAGUGCUUCCAGCAGUUCCCAGAAGGACUCUUUUACGAGUUUGAAGGAAGAAAGUACUGUGAACAUGAUUUUCAGAUGCUUUUUGCGCCUUGCUGCCAUCAGUGUGGUGAAUUCAUCAUUGGCCGAGUUAUCAAGGCCAUGAACAACAGCUGGCAUCCGGAGUGCUUCCGCUGCGACCUUUGCCAGGAAGUGCUGGCAGACAUCGGGUUUGUCAAGAAUGCUGGCAGACACCUGUGUCGCCCCUGUCAUAAUCGUGAGAAAGCCAGAGGUCUUGGGAAGUACAUCUGCCAGAAAUGCCAUGCCAUCAUUGAUGAGCAGCCUCUGAUCUUCAAGAAUGACCCCUACCACCCAGACCAUUUCAACUGUGCCAACUGCGGGAAGGAGCUGACUGCUGAUGCCCGGGAGCUCAAAGGGGAACUAUACUGCCUGCCAUGCCACGAUAAAAUGGGAGUCCCUAUCUGUGGUGCUUGUCGGCGGCCCAUUGAAGGACGCGUGGUAAAUGCCAUGGGUAAACAGUGGCAUGUUGAG